AUGCCUGAUGAAGGAAAAGAAAGUGUUGAUGGUGAUGAGGAACAUAGCGUCUUUCUUAAGCAGAGCAUAGUAAAUCCAAAGCACUGCACUGAAGAGCGACACCACAUAGGGAAUCGACUGGAAACCUUCCGAUGUUUUCUUCUUGCAUAUCUGCCUCCACCAGAUUUGGCCGAUGAAGCUAACGGCGGUGAUGGUUUCAGUAGAACUUACAAAGCUUGGAAAGGCAGCAAUGUAUUUGCUUUGGGAGGAAGAUUUAUAUUUGGACCCGAUGUGGGAUUCCUUUUUUUCACCAUCUUCUUAAUUGUUGCUCCUGUUGCUGUCUUCUGUGUCUUCGUAGGACGAAAAUUAAUGGAUGGCUUAUCUCAUCACCUCGGAGUAUCGAUAAUAGUUGUUGCCGUGGCUCUCACUUUAUCUGAUAUAACUCUUCUUUUGCUAACCUCAGGAAGAGAUCCCGGUAUAAUUCCGCGAAACUCGAACCCUCCCGAGCCGGAAGGUUAUGAAGGAAUGAAUGAAGCUUGGCCUGGCCAAACUCCGCCGUUACUAUUACCUCGUACGAAAGAUGUGGUUGUCAAUGGUAUAAGUGUGAAGAUCAAGUACUCUGUUACUUGUUUGCUGUAUUGACCUCCCCGAUGUUCUCACUGUUCGUUAUGCAAUAACUGUGUCAACAGAUUCGAUCACCACUGCCCUUGGGUCGGUCAGUGUAUCGGACUGGUAAUACACAUUGUUUCACAUGAUAUUCUCUGCUUUUUCUUCUGCAUUAUCUAGUCUUUCGGCUUUUCGUGGCACGAUUUGUGAUCCUUUGCAACCUGAGAAUUGUUCAGUGUAACUAUGACUUGCAUUGGUGCAUUCGAAUAGGAACAUGUAUGAUGAUGAUGUCUCUGAUUUCCUCCUCUUGGUUUGGUUCAGCGGAAUAACCGAUUCUUCUUCUUGUUUAUCUUCUCUAUAACUCUACUUUGUUUAUACGUGCACGGAUUUUGCUGGGUUUAUAUCCAGAGAACCAUGGACGAAGAGGAAUUGGCGAUCUGGAGAGCGAUGACUAAAACCCCUGUUUCCAUUGUGUUGAUAAUCUACACCUUCAUUUCAGUGUGGUUUGUUGGAGGUUUAACCGUCUUCCAUUUGCAUCUAAUCAGUACAAACCAGGCAAUAUUUUUUUUUUCAGAUCAUUGUAUAUUUGUAUCACAAGAUCACG